GAGACUCUUUGGUGGAGGCAGUGGUUGUCAUUCACUAGAACAGAAAACCUAGGGCUAGGGCCACUUCCUGUUAGGUAAAAGACUGACAGAGUAGAAGCAAUCAAAACAGAAAGGCUAAAAACUGUUGCACAUCACAGACCAAGCAACAGGAAUCCACAGAAACUUCAACAUUUCAAGGAAUGUAAUGGAAAUGAGCAGGACAAUCACUCUAUUGUUCUUGGCCUCACAUGUGUCUUUUGCAGAUGCCUCACCGAGUGACCCAACGUAUUGCUAUAUUUUGGAUGUUUUUCUGCUGCUGUAUUCUAUCAUUUUUACUGCUCUCUACUUCAGAGAAAAGUUUACAAGGGAAGGGCCUGUUCCUCCAGAUCCUGCGACCCCGGCCCGUAACCCUAAUGAGCCUGUCUAUACAGACUUGGAUCUGCCUCAGAUGAGUUCCGACUAUCAACAGCUGGAUAGACCGAUUCGAAGACGAGAGCCAGAGACACAUUAUCAGGAACUGAGAGCACAUACAAGUGAUGAAUAUCAGGAAAUAAGAAGUAAACCUCGUAAAGCCAAGAACAAAUCUAAUGAGGGUCGAACAGGGAGAAACAGGGAUGCAGCCGAGGCUGUGGAGAUGGAAACUUUUCCCACUAACAAUUAACGCACAGCACAGGCAACCUGUAUAUCUGCCAACUAACAGAUAUAUUGUGUAUCUUUGUUGGAUGCAUGUAUAUGUCGUUCAUAUGUCUGUUUUGUUGUUGUUACUUUGCCUCACCUGAAUUUUGUAGGCUUUUAAUACACUGCCAUUCAAUGGUUUGGUGUCAGUAAGAUUUUUCAUUUUUAAAAAAAUUAAUUAUCUAACAAGGGUCCAUAAAUUUGAUUAAAAGUGACAGUAAAGACAUGAUUAUAAUAUUAAAAAAAGCUUUCUAUUUCAAAUAAAUGCUGUUCUUUUUAAACCUUCUGUUAGAAUAAUAAUGAAAAAAAAUAAUGUAGCAUGGUUUUCAUAAAGAUAAUAAGCAACACAACUGCUUCCAGCAUAAGAAAUGUUUUUUGAGCACCAAAUCAUCAUAUUAGAAUGAAAGGAUCAUGUGACAUUGAAUCAGCUUUGCCGCAACAGGCCUAAACAUUUUAAAAAGCAGUUCAGAUCAAAAGUUUACAUACACCUUGCAGAAUCUGCAAAAUGUUAUGUUACCAAAAUCAGAGGGAUCAUACAAAAUGCAUGUUAUUUUUAAUUUAGUACUGACCUGAAUAAGAGAUUUUGCAUAAAAGGUGUAGUCCGCAAGAGAAAAUAAUAGUUGAAUUUAUAAAAAUGACCCCUUUCGAAAGUUUACGUACAUUUGAUUCUUAAUACUGUGUUGUUACCUGAAUGAUCCACAGCUGUUUUUUUUCAUGAUAGUUGUUCAUGAGUCCCUUGUUUGUCCUUAACAGUUAAACUGCCCGCUGUUCUUUAGAAAAAUCCAUAAGGUCCCACAAAAUUUUUGUGUAUGUGAACCCUUUCCAAUAAUGAUGGCAAUAAUUUUGAGAUCCAUCUUUUCAUACUGAGGACAACUGAGGGACUCAUAUGCAACUAUUACAGAAGGUUUAAAUGCUCACUGAUGCUCCAGAAGGAAACACAAUGCAUUAAGAGACGGAUUUGAAGAUCAGAGUAAAUUUAACUCAUUUUGUCUUCUGGGAAACAUGUAAGUAUCUUCUGUAGUUUCUGAAGGGCAGUACUAAAUGAAAAAAAAUGGUAUUCAAGCAAAGUAAAAUGUACACAUCUUCAUUCUGUUCAAAAGUUUACACCCCAGCUCUUAAUGCAUUGUUUUUAUCAGUAUCAAGUAUCAGUGAGCAUUUGAACCUUCUAUAAUAGUUGCAAAUGAGUUGUCUUCAGUGUGAAGAGAUGGAUAUCAAAAACAAAAAAAAAGGAACAAGUUCAAAUACACAAAAAUGCUGAAAAAAAGAAUUUGUGGGACCUGAAGGAUUUUUCUGAAGAACAGCAGGCAGUUUAACUCUUAAUUGCAAACAAGGGACUCAUGAACAACUAUCACUAAACAGAAAAACCAGCUGUGGUUCAUUCAGGU